UAUUCGACGUAGCUACGUCACUGGGACGUCAGAGGUCGAAGGUGAAAUACGACGAAGGAGGGCUCGUGGUGGGAAGAUUCGCGGGAAACGUCUUAAAACAAAUCGGUUCUGAUGGACACGCCAGUGACUUGAAACAGUUUGUGAUUUAACCGAUCGACGAAUAUAACUUGCAGCAAACCGAGCGACCUAAUUAGCUACUGUAGGUAACUCCAGGCUAACACAACAUCAUCAGCGGGCGCUACUCAGUUAGCUUAGAACUAACCAGCUUCGGUUACGGCCAUUUGUUGUUAGCCACGGCCGGUAGAGUUAAAGGUGACUUCACGGUGAACAGGAUUUGAAUACUCGGUAAACAGUGAGUGAAAUGGCAGAGAGGCCAGAAGACCUCAACCUUCCCAAUGCAGUGAUCACUCGCAUCAUCAAGGAGGCGCUCCCAGAUGGGGUGAAUGUGUCGAAAGAAGCAAGAAGAGCAAUAUCCCAAGCUGCCAGUGUGUUUGUUUUGUAUGCAACCUCCUGUGCAAAUAAUUUUGCCAUGAAAGCCAAGAGAAAAACUCUGAACGCUGGAGAUGUUCUGGCUGCGAUGGAAGAGAUGGAGUUUGAACGAUUUCUAGAGCCUCUCAGAGAAGCUUUGGAAGUGUAUAAGAAGGGCCAGAAAGGAAAGAAGGAGGUGUUGGAGCAGAAGCGCAAGGAUAAAGAGAGGAAGGCCGACUCUGAAAAUGAUAAGAGCAGGGAGGAUGAGGAGGAGGAGGAGGAAGAGGAGGAAGAGGAGGUUGAGCGCAUGGAGGAGGAGCCUGAAGCUGAGAAUGAAGCCGAGGAGGAGGUGGAGAACUAAGGACAUUUCACCAUAAAGCUCUGACAUGAAUGAUGAAAUGCACUCUUUCAGCUCCUCUGAGGUUACCACUGUCUGGACAUGAUGUGUUUAAGUGAUGCUUGGUCAUCAUAGCACCGCCAUGAAUCAAAGCACUUCUACAAAGUUGUGAUGACCUCAGAGGAGGUUACAUGUUGUCUUCCAACCAAACACCUGACAACGAACAUCCAACACAAAGCACAAUGAAACCACAACCUAUGUCAUAUACA